AUGUCGGUGCUCAAGACGCUCGUCAUCAACCCACGCUCGGGCGUCAAGCCCACUGCUACCUUGUUCUUCCUGCACGGUCUCGGAGACUCGAGCGCUGGCUGGUCGGAUGUCGCACAGAUGCUCUCACAGCGCCCUUCGCUAUCGCACGUCCGAUUCGUUCUGCCAAACGCGCCCAUUCAGCCAGUCACACUCAACAUGGGCAUGCCAAUGCCAUCGUGGUUCGAUAGUAGGUCUUCGUACUCUUUUCUCGCCCUAGACGAUCUCUCCGGAGCCGAAGAUGAAGCAGGCUUGCUCAAGUCGACCGACGAAAUCAAGAAGCUCAUUCAAGCCGAGAAUGACGGCACUGCGAAGGAUCUGAACGGGCAGAAGAUUCCCAGCGAAAGGAUCGUCGUUGGAGGCUUUAGCCAGGGCGGUGCAAUCUCGCUUCUCACCGGUCUCACCAACCCAAACCCAGUCGCAGGCGUGGCGGCCUUGUCCACGUGGUUGCCAUUGCGUGCAAAGAUCGCCACCCUCCGCACUCCUACUUCAACAUCACUCAAGGUAUUCGCCGCACACGGAGACGCGGAUCCCGUGGUCAAGUACGAGUACGGUCAGCGAACGGUGUCGUUCUUGAAGAACGAGUUGGCUUUGACGGAUGUCGAGUUCAACACGUAUCCGCGCAUGCCGCAUUCGGCGUGUCCCGAAGAGAUCCGUGACCUCGCCGAUUUCUUGGAGAAGGUCAUUCCGGCUCAAUAG